AUGAGCCAUCUUUACAAGCAACUGUUGCCCGAGGGUAAGGUUAGGGUAGAUAAUCAAACAGGGCCAGGCUCUAAUCGAGAGCUAGGUACUGAUGAUGUGAUUGAAAAGAAGAGCAGGAGUCCAGUGGAUGCAACACCUGAAGUUCCCGAUGACAGGAUACUUGGGAUCGGUGAUACACAAAUCGGGGGGAUAGACGAAGACGUGACACAUCGAAUCCAAGCCGGAUGGAUGAAGUGGAGAGCAACUACCAGAGUCAUGUGCGACAAGAGGAUCUCGCUAAAGCUGAAAGGGAAGUUUUAUAGAGUGGCUAUUAGACCGGCUAUGCUAUACGGGUCAGAAUGUUGGGCGAUGACGAAAGCCCAAGCUAUUCGAGUAGAGGUGGCUGAGAUGAGGAUGUUAAGGUGGACUUGCGGGAAGACCUUAGCAGAUAGGAUCCUGACGGGAGUUUUUAGAGCAGAACUUGAAGUAGGGGCCAUCAUUAACAAGCUAAGAGAAGAGCGCUUGAAAUGGUUUGGCCAUGUUAGGAGAAGGGAUGAAACUGCACCACUAAGGAGAGCGGAGUCUAUUCACGUGGACGACAUACGAAAAAGGGGACGACCUAAUAUGAGGUGGGAGGAUCGAUUAGCGAAGGACCUAAUAAAACUUGGCCUGUCGGAGGACAUGACGUCGGAUAAGACGACAUGGAGAACUAGGAUUAGAGUAGAAUAUUAG